AUGUCUGCGAACGAUUACUACGGAGGCGGCGGCCACAACCAGAACCAGGGAUACGGUGGACAGCAAGGAUACAACCAGGGCGGCUACGCACCUCAACAGCCCACCUAUGCACAGGGCCAGCAACACCACGGCAGCGGCGGCUACCCCCAGCAGUCACAUUCUCCGUACCAACAGGGCGGUGGCUACAACGCCCCUCCCCAGCAGCAGCACGGAUACGGCGGACCCCAACAACCCACCUACGCCCAGGGCAACCAGCACCAGCAAAGUUACGGCCACGACAACCGAGACAGCUUUUCCCACAACCAGCAACUGCAACAUGGCGCACCUCAGUAUGGUGGACAGUCCCAAUAUGGCGGCCAGCCUCAGUAUGGUGCUGGUCCCGGCGGUCCUGAUCAGGAUAAGGGCCUCGGCGCAACAUUAGUCGGUGGCGGAGCGGCUGGAUGGGCGGCGCACAAGGCCGGCGGCGGUUUCAUUGGAACUGUGGGCGGUGCGAUUCUUGGCGCUAUUGGUGCCAAUAAGAUAGAGCACGCGUUGGAAGACCGAAACGACAAGAAGAAGCAUAAGAAAAAGCAUGGCAAGAAGGACGGGCACCGCAAGCGCAGCGGUAGCAGCAGUUCGAGCUCCAGCAGCAACUAG